GCAGUAUAUAGUUCUAAUAAUCUUUAUUACACAGCGUCCACUAAAUAUACAACGAAGUUCCAAUAAGCAAGCCCUUAUUUUGAAAAUAUUUUUUUAACAGGAACGAAUUGCGUUUACCUCGUUGGCAUAUCCUGCUUCGAGCUUCCCUAGCUAGCAACGAUGAACUAACCUUUUCGGGUUUUCUCGGACAAUUUGCAUUCAGAGAAUAAUUUGUUGCCUCUGUGCCAUAUUAACCUGCCAACACAUUCUCAAAAGGACAAACAUUUUUACUGAAAAGUGAAUGGCGUCGAAAAAUGAUCCAUUUCAAUUUCAGGAAUUUGAUGAAGCUGGGGAUCUGCUGGAAGCCAACAGAGAUGCAGUCACUAUUAGCAUUGACGAUGAGGAUCUAAAGUCCAAGAGGCCAAAAAGUGCUGUUGGUUUUGCUCAGGAUGUUGCUGAUGAAGAACCACUCAUCAAUGAUGACAGAGAAGAGCUUCUGUCUGAGAAAAAGAAAAGUGCUCCUUUCUGGACAUUUGAAUACUACCAAAGAUUCUUUGACAUUGAGACCCAUCAUGUAAAAGAGAGGAUCCUUGGAUCAAUGGUGCCAUGGCCUGGAAAGAACUUCAUUCAAGUUUACCUUCGUAAAAACCCCGAUCUUUAUGGACCAUUCUGGAUUUGCACUACUCUUGUGUUUGCUAUUGCUAUUAGUGGAAACAUCUCUAAUUUUCUGCAACACUUUGGGAAUCCAAGCUAUAAAUAUACCCCAGAUUUUGGAAAAGUAAGCAUAGCUGCCACAGCCAUCUUCAGCUAUGCUUGGCUUGUGCCCCUUGGACUCUGGGGUUUGUUGCUGUGGAGGAACAACAAGAUCAUGAACCUGGUGUCAUAUUCAUUUAUGGAGAUCGUCUGUGCCUACGGAUAUUCGCUGUCUGUUUAUAUUCCAGCAGUGGUCCUGUGGAUUCUACCAUAUGAGUGGCUGAUGUGGCUCUCCAUCGCAGUGGCUGUCUGCCUCUCCGGCUCAGUACUGGUGAUGACUUUCUGGCCCGCACUCAGAGACGACCACCCCAAAGUCAUUAUAGCGACCGUAUCAGCCAUUGUGUUGCUGAAUGGACUGCUGGCUGUAGGCUGUAAGAUCUACUUCUUUAGCAAUCCUGAGCGGCGUUCAGAACAUUCCAGUCCUUCUGCAACAGAGGCCAUCAAAGUGACUUCACCAUGAAGGACCUGCAUUGUGUGAAGGUUCUCCAGUUGCCCUAUUAGAGAGACUCAAGUUCCUCUGCUGAUGAAGUCACCGGUGGACUGAUUUUCACCGGCACUUUGGACGUUCCAGAUUAUGGCCUUUUCAAGGCCGGCGUGUAAACUCGGUGCAUCGUCAUGACCUCUGAAAAUGAAAACUAGUCACAAGUAUGUUACUUCUAACGGGAUGGCUUCUAAACUUGCUUACAUUAAUAGUGGUGUAGUAUUGCACAGCACACAAUCUGUUAUAGUGGGGGUGUGGUUUCCAGCUUUAUAGCGCUGAUGUAUAAUGUUAAAAAGAAAAAACUGGUUUGUGAUUGCAGCAUCAAUGGUAUUUAAUCGAGAGAUAUAUAUAUGUAUGUAUGUAUGUAUAUAUAUAUAUAUAUAUAUAUAUAUAUAGUUGGGAAUGGAACUAAUGGCUAAAUUUGGUUCAGAAAUAUUUUAUGUUUUAUAUGUAUCCUCUGGAGGCAAUGUGUUGUAUAUUCCUACAAUCAAGUGCCCUUAACUAAUGCCAAAACCUGGCCUGUUUAAGUAAUUUUUGUAAAUAUUUUAUAGUUUGUUGUUACUAUGGCAAGUUAUAAUAAAUAUCUAUUCAAAUCCA